AUGCCGACCUUUGGAGGGCUACUGAAGAAGCGGCGGACGAAGGACUCCAAGUCAAAGGACUUUGACUCUCCCGCUGAGACUACUGCUGCUGCUGCUGCUCAUCCUCCUGCCACCGCCGCCUCCGCGCCCGCUGCGUUCCAAGGCCAUACAGCCCAGUCAAGCGUCGACAGCAGCGCUGAUACCUCGAACAUACCGCUCUCUGCCGCCAGUGAGGACGGUGCCGCCGCCGGGGUUACUGCUGCUGACUCUGCCUCUUCUGCGCUUGCUGGUGCUGGUGCUGCCAUCGAACCGCCCUCGACCAGCGUAACGCCCGCGCUCGCGAACAUGUCCACCACCUACCAGCGUCCCAACACAGGAGAUGUCUCCCAGUCGAGAUCCCCCCAGCAGACGCAGCCGUCGGCCCUUCAAUCGCCUCACAACGUCACCAGCAUCAAGAACAUUAUAAACCCACCCCACCACGAUGACCACCAGCAGCAGCAUCAGCAGCUACAGCAGCACUCUACGGCGGCAGCUGAUGCCUCAAUUCGUGCCUCGCAGCGCCAAUUGAAGGGGAAAUACUCCCUGGGCGACUUUUCCAUCCACCGUACCCUAGGAACCGGCAGUUUCGGUCGAGUCCAUCUCGUCCAGUCUAUACACAACCAGCGAUUCUACGCUAUAAAAGUCCUAAAGAAGGCGCAGGUUGUCAAGCUGAAGCAGGUCGAGCAUACCAAUGACGAGCGUGCGAUGCUCGAACGGGUCAAGCACCCCUUCCUCGUCACUCUCUGGGGGACCUUCCAGGAUGCAAAGAACCUCUACAUGGUCAUGGAUUUCGCCGAAGGUGGUGAGCUCUUCAGCCUGCUCAGAAAGUCGCAGCGAUUCCCAAACCCGGUGGCGAAAUUCUACGCCGCCGAAGUUACCCUGGCUCUCGAGUACCUGCAUUCCAAGCACAUUGUAUACAGAGAUCUGAAGCCCGAGAACUUGCUUCUAGACAAGAACGGGCAUCUCAAGAUCACGGAUUUCGGGUUCGCAAAGGAAGUACGGGACAUCACAUGGACUCUGUGCGGGACACCAGACUACCUCGCCCCUGAGGUCGUCUCCUCCAAGGGCUACAACAAAUCUGUCGAUUGGUGGUCCCUCGGUAUACUCAUCUUUGAAAUGCUCUGCGGCUUCACCCCGUUCUGGGACAGCGGCUCUCCCAUGAAAAUAUACGAAAACAUCCUAAAAUGCCGUGUCAAAUACCCCCCUUCCUUGGUCCCGGAUGCACAGGACCUACUAUCUCGACUAAUCACGCCCGAUCUGACUAAGAGACUGGGCAAUUUGCACGGUGGGUCGCAGGACGUAAAGAAUCACCCGUGGUUUGCAGAAGUCACCUGGGAACUCCUUGCCCAGCGACGGAUAGACGCCCCGUAUAUACCACCUGUCAAGGGCGGAUCGGGUGAUGCAUGCAUGUUCGAUACUUAUGCGGAAGAGACGGAACAGUACGGCCUCCCGGCGGAAGAUGAGUAUGGUCAUCUAUUCCGAGAAUUUUAA